GCUGAUGAAAUAAGUGAGGAGUCAACAGCGUAAAUCUUUCCAGGGGUCUCCACCGCCGCCCAACCAACUCUGAUUAAUUGCCAUUAUCCGACCUUCUUGCAGUCUCGAAAGUAUUUUCCACAUGAUACAGAUCGCCAAAUCUGCCCAGAACACCAUCUCUGUGUGCUAGCAGUUACGAUCCAAGACUCGUUUUCCAUGGUAUCAGAGAGAUGGAGUAACAUCAGUUAGUACUUAUUGCUCAGAAAGAAGAACUUAUUCCUCAUCACUGCUUGGUAGAUAAUACCAAAAUAAAAUUCAAAAUUCAUUUUACUUCAUCAGAUUUAUGUGAAAUAUAUACGUACUGGGCAAGCCUAGGUAUGACCUGCCAUCAGAAUUUUUGAAAUAGAAGUACUGUAAUAUAAUGUAGACACUACACAUAGUGCGCACAUUGAUAACGUACAAAACCACAAAAGCCCCAGCAACAUUAGCAACUGUGUAGCUGAUAAUAAAUAAAUGUACUCUGAUUAAAGUAUUUACCAGCUGAUACUAAAAGUAUUCACAACAUUUUUCAGUGAAGCAAAUGUUAACAUUUCAAAAUUAGCAUUUUUACUUAUUGAUGUCAGCCUGCAAUUUAUUCUCACUCAGUACAUAUAGUGUGAAGAUCAAAAUCUGAUUCACAGAAAUACCCUCACAAGAAGUGCUAGAAGAAAUGUCCUCACUCGUUACAAACAGAUUUCACUGUUCUGACUGUGGUAAAGAAUUUUCUAAAGAAAAGAAGUUAAUAAGCCAUUUCAAGGUGCACAGCACAAAAAAAAGUUACAAGUGUGAAGUGUGUAAACUAACUUUUCCCCAGAAAUCAUUUUACAAAAAGCACAUUAGAUUGCACUUUGAAAAGGGGACCUGUAGCUGCCCAAAAUGUGGUAAAGUCUUUGUGAGGCACUCGUGGUUGAAAAGACAUUUAAGUCUUCAGUGUAAUGACCCGCACCAAAAUACCAAAUUUGUUUGUAGAAACUGUGGUAAAAUGUAUGAUUCCUUGGCAGGUGUCAGAAGUCACCUACGGAAGGGAAAACACAUGGUGCCUGACUUCAUGUGUUUUUCUUGCAAGUGGAUCUGUUCCAGCAGUGAAGCCCUCUUCUUUCAUGUCCUUCAACAUGAAGAUGUGAAUUUAGUCAUAAUAGGAAUAGAUAAAGAACAACAGCUAGAGUGUUUCUCAACAUCAAAGAUCAGGGAAAAAGUAGAUACAGCAAGUUUCAAGACUGACAGUACUACUUGUGAAGACAAUAAAGAAAUCGACAAAACGCUAUCCGAGAGCAUCCUAGAUGCUGGUGAAUUAGAAAAUCUAGCUCAGCCGACUGAAACUAUCGUGCCACAAAAUAUAAUGCAGUCAAGCAAAGUCUCGUCACUGGACGAAACAUCUCUUGAAGGAGACAUAACUCAGUGCCAGUCAGAAACUUUGAAAGACAUAUGCACUAAUGGAAAACCAAAUGAUGCCAGCCCUACAUGUGAGAAUGAUGCAAAAGUAUUAAUGCCAUUCCAAGAAAAUAAAGUAACGUUUGACUUAGUAUCGCCAAUCGAUUCCCUGGAAGCUAUUCUUCCACAAGAGGGUGUCUCCAGCGAAUGUGUUAGUCAAAAUAACAAUAGCCUCACAGCAGAAAACUAUGCUUGUACAGUACAGCCAAGUCAAGAGAACUGUAUGAUAAACAAGAAGAUGCCAAAAUUACUAAACCUAUACCCAGAAGAGGCACACUCAGGAGAGGACAAUUCGUGUGCUGUCAGAGCGAACAAUAUAAUGCUAGGAAAUGAAAUAUCCAUGCCUCACAACAUGAUGUGCAGUGAAUUACAAGCUGAUCCUGUAACUAGCAGGCCUAAUGAAAUCAUAUCGUACACAACACCUUUAGUGAACACUAUGUUCCUUCCACCAUUGUUCCUUAUUCGUAACACCUUGCCUAUGAAUCCUAGCAUACCUCACCAAAAUACAUUUCUGAUGGGUGAGAGGAUAAUUGAUAAUCACAUCAUGCAAGAUAAUACAUCUGCUACUACAAUAAUGGAUGAAUUACAAAAUAUGACAGAUGAAAUAACAGUGCCCAGGAAGAAGAAGAAACGUCUCUCGAGGCUUGGGAAAAAAUAUCCAGAAAUUUUUCAUUUGGGGAAGAAUGUGACCACUAAUUAUAUAAAACCACAUAACCAAAAAGUCAAUUCUUCCCCGUUACCUGUGCAAAAUUUUGCAACAAUAAAUAACAAUGUAAUAAUAUCCCAGUCUGCCAAUUCUGUGCUCACGGAUCACACAUUAGUUUUACACCAAGAAAACAGAAUACAAAGACUAGAAGACUUAGUUAAUCUGACAGAGCAAAUGAAUGCCACUAACACAGACUUAAUCAGGAAGGAAAAUUCAAACCAAUAUCAAACCCAGAACCUUCAAGGAAAAAAUAAAUCUUCUAAUGUUUUUUGGGAAAUUCUAAUAGGGAAUGAAGAUAGUGAUGGAAAAAUAGUCAGUUCUAUAAGUGCUGGUCUUAGAAAUCAGUCAAACAUACGCAAUAAAGGACAAAGAAGUACUUCAUCUGAAAUUUUUCUUAAUAAUGCAACACCAGAAAAUGGGGAAGGAAACCUCAAAGCUACCUGUGACACUCCAACUCUGGGAUGUCAGCAGCAACAACAUCGUUCCAAGGAAGGUAUUGCCGUUGAAGAUUACAUCAAGAAAUUCAUGUGGUUAUAAGAGGCAAAGCUCUACUGAAAAAAGCUUUUUAUCUUUGAGAUAAGUACCUAAAGCAACUUUUGAAAAUGUAAAGCACACUUAAAGCGGCCAUCCAACUUGUGUGUUGUAUUGCAUUUGCAGUUAAUUUGUGUGUGAGGUUUAGUUGCCAGUACAAGUAUCAUACAUCAGCAAGUUUAGAGCCCAUUUUUCCCUCUGCUAACGAGAGGGCUUGAGGCAUCAAUUGUUUCAAUUCUUCCUUAUAAUGUUUCCUCUUUUUAAAAAUUACUUUUCCAGAAUCAUUUGAACAUUCAGAUUAAGGCAAAAGUGUACAUAUUUGUGAUUGUGAAGAGUAAAAAUUUUUAAGCAAUUGUUUCAUAAAAUGCAUGUUAAAAAUAUUAGCCUCAAAUGGUUAUGGUAUUUUCAUGAUAAUUUUCAAAGUAAAGCUAUGGCAGUUGAAAACUCAAA